CCGGCCAGUGGGCGUGGCCAACGCGAGCCUCUCGGGCAGCAGCAGAAUGAGUGACUGUUGAGCCGCUUAAAGCCUCAUAAAUGACACAGAGCCCAGAAACAGCCGAACCUCCGAGCUUCAAACCCAGCAAACCUCUGGAUUUAUAAACGUUUCUGGAUUUUAAACUGUCUUGUGGAAACUUUUUUUUUAGCGCUUUUAGCAACUUGGAGCAACAGAGAGCCGACCGCAGAGGAUAGAAGGUGUCAUGUCGGCUCUUCAGUGUCUUCCCGGCAGCUGAACAGAGGAGUUUYCUCUGCAGCUCGUUGAACACAGAGGCCGACAGACCCGGUGAUGCCUCCAGGUUCUCCCGUCAGAACCAAACAUCCUCCUCACUUUCAGCUGGAAGAUGGAGUAGCUGCCUGACAGCCCGUCAAAAUGAUGGCCUCAGUGGUUGUCGGGGGCAACCGGAAGAAGUCCCUCACGUUGAGAGGGGUGGACCCGGAGACCUGCAUGAUUGUGUUCAAGAACCACUGGAUGCAGGUGGUGAAGAUUCUGGAGAAACACGAGCCGAGUCGCAGCUCCUCCAGAGCGCUUAGCUUUCUCUCCGGUCACCAUGGCAACAGCAGCGGCUCCCGAACGUUGCACCUGGGUCCGAUCCCUGCCGACGAGGCCAGCGCCGUGCAGAACUACGUGGAGCACAUGCUGUUUCUGCUGAUGGAGGAAGAGGCGGGGCAAGGUGAGGAGGAAGUAAACGUCCCUGCAGACGCCGGCGGGGUGGUGGAGGCCGAGCUGGUCCAGCUGCUCAACCAGCUCUGUGUGGCUCUGGUCAAAGACCCGUCGGUGCUGGAACUGUUUUUCCACACCAGUCAGGACCAGGGAGCGGCCAACUUCCUGCUCUUCUCCCUGCUCAUACCUUACACACACAGGCAGGGUCUGGUCGGCCAGCAGGCCCGAGACGCUCUGCUGCUCAUCAUGUCUCUGUCGGCCUCGGAGCCUCGAGUCGCUCAGCACAUCGCAGAAAACACAUACUUCUGUCCUGUUCUGGCCACCGGCCUGUCUGGUCUGUACUCGUCUCUUCCUGCCAGGCUGCAGGUUUACAGUGAAGACUGGCACUGCCUGGAGUCUGCAGACUGGCAGCAGGUUCCAGCUCUCGUUCAUUUCCUGCACUCACUGGACUUCUGCAGUGCUGUCACCAAGGUGGCCCAUCCCUCCAUCCGCUCCCAGUUGCUGAGUUACAUCUACAAUGGAUUCCUCGUUCCGGUUCUCGCUCCUGCUCUGCACAAGCUGACCGUGGAGGAAGUGAUGACCACCACUGCGUACCUGGAUCUGUUCCUGCGCUCCAUCUCUGAACCCGCCCUCCUGCAGAACUUCCUGUCCUUCAUCCUGCUGCAUCGUCAUGACAACGUCCACAUCCUGGACACGCUGGUCAGCAGGGUCAACACGCCGUUCCAGUUAGGAACUGUGUCUCUGGCUCUGUUCAGGACUCUGAUUGGUCUCUUCUGCGAAGACGUUAUGCUGCAGCUGGUGUUCAGGUAUCUGAUCCCCUGCAGCCACCUGAGCAGGAAGCAGCUCUGCUCCCUGAAGCAGAGAGACUGCUACUCCUCCAGCGCCGCCUCCUUCCUGCUCCUCAUGCCCUCCUGGUGCCCCAUGUACCUCAACAACAGACACUCCCUCUCAGAGCACAUCCUCUGGCCGAAAGCAGCAGACCUGUCGGUUUCAGACAGCGUUGGCUACAGCAGAGGGUCAGACUUCCUGAUGGAUGUUAACUACGUCCAUUACCUCUGGGACGCCCGCCAGGCGAUCUCCAUUUCCUGCAGCGCCUGCAGGUUUUGGUCGGCGGCGUACGACGGCUUCGACCCACCGCCUCAGGAUUACCGCUCCGACACGCCAGGAGACGAUCUGGAGGACGAGGAGGAAUUCAUUCAGCGGAUAAAGAGCGACUCCAUCUGCUCUCUGGUCGUCCUCCGCCCUCCGUCUGCCCUCUCCCCUACGCCGUCGUCCUCGGAUACCGUCUCCACUAGCAACCAGGCGGGCAGGGCCAGCUCUGCCAUGGAGUUGGAGUGGGACGACAUCUUCGCAGAGGAGGAUCUCUCCUCUUCGUCAGCCAUCUUUAAUGUAUCAAAUGGCUUUGUGGAGCCAGACGGAUGCAGUUUUUCACCCGUUCCUCYGCCGCCGCUUCCCCCUCGCCACAUCCAGGAAAUGAGGCUCACCGCCACCAAGCUGGUGCGCGGYKCUUACGUAGAGGAGUCCGAGUUUCAGGACGACGUCAUCGUCUACGAUCUGGUCGCUCAGAAGGACACAAAGACGRCUCUGUUUGAGCGGAUCAAGGCGGCGAACCGGCAGUCRCKUGAAAGCUUCUCGAAAUCAGGCAGAACGGUGAUGGAGACGGUCAACAGCAUCAUGUCGACACGGAGGAGGAGCGAGGAUGGAGGGAAAGAGGAAAGGAGGAAAAGUGAAGAUUGUGACAGAUCAGCGAGGAGGAAAAGUGAGGGAUUUGGAACGAAGGAAAAGGAAGAUGGAGAGCCGCGUGUUGUACUGAAUGGUUUUGAUGUAAAGAAUCACGUCAUCAGCGAAUUUGAUGACUCUGAUGAAGAAGCUGAGUCUUUUGAACAAAACUGCMUCCAGAAUGACAUCCCAACGUUUAACGGUMACAUCCAGUCAASGCAUGAAACCGGCGUCACUCCGUCUCCAGAGACAAACAAUCUCACAAACGGACAUUUAGAACCAGAGCCRCUUCGAAUUUCAGCAACAAACACCCAAAAUUCAACCGCUCCCGCCAAUCGGAUCUCCAAGAACGACUUCCUGUCCCAGUACCACGAGCUCAUGCUCUCCUUAGGGGUGGAGCCUGACGGUGAUGACAUCACAGAUGACGUCGGUACUUUCAGGAGGCGUGUCCGAGCGCUGAGGCAAAAACUGGCAGAGGAGGAGGAGGAGGAGCAGCUCGUCUCUGGGUUUAGCUCCUCGUGGGAUGAAGCAGAGCAGGAAGGAGAGGUGGAAGCCAUGGAGGAGGAAGAGGAGGAAGAGAAGAGCGGCAACAGACAAGGAGGUCCAUUUACAGGUCCGUUCAUCAGCGUCUUGUUGUCCCGACUGGAGAACCUUCUGGAAAACUCCAUCGCCGUCAACCUGCUGGUGACGGGGAUCCUGGCCCAGCUGGCGUCGUACCCGCAACCUCUGCUGAGGUCCUUCCUGCUCGGCACAAAAACACACGACCAGCACAGCGUGCRGACGUUAUACCAGGUGUUGGUGUCGGUGCACGCUCAGAUCGAGCGCUUCGUGGAGAACAGGCCUGAGUAUCCCGCUCUGGUCACCCAGGCCUGGAGGUUCCUGUURGCUAAAGACCAGGAUGGAAAAUUUAGAGAGGCGCUCCAGUCUCAGGGCGGAGACAUCAUCCUGGAUCCGUCUCGACCCAACGGCUCGGUGAGGAACGCCCUGCCGUUGCCGCCCCUCAGCGUCUUACCUCCCUGCCCCGCCGUCCCCACUCACGCCAAGAGCCGAGUGUUCGCCAUCGUCAUGUUCGCCGAGUUCCUGAAGGAGCUGGCGGCCAUCGCUCAGGAGCACAGCGUGGCGGUGGACUGCUGUUCAGAGGAAUGAUGCAGGAAAAUCUGAUCAGUGAUCAUUAGCAGAAGACUUCAUCACGAAUCAACCUGAUGGUUUAUGCAACUUAUCUGGACAAUUUCAAAAGAUUUUACUGUAAAUCUACAUUUAAAUUGUGUUGGUUUUUUUUCUGCCUGACAGCACUUGAAAAUGUUUCCCCAUGUGAAGAUAGAUUAUAUUUAUAAAAUGUUCGGAUGGAGAUUAUUUUGAAAAUCAUUGACAUWAAAUUUUGUAUCAAUUUGUGGAAUAUUUGAAA